AUGAGUUCCUGGACUCUGUCUGGGGCCAGGUUAGGAGGCGGGCAGGUGCAGCAGAGCAGGGCAGGGGCAGGGCCAGGCACUGAAGCGAGGCCACAGCGCGGAGGGAGCCAGUUCCUUGUGGCUGUUGGGUGGCUCAGACAGCUCCUUGCCUCCCCAGCCAUGGUUCUCCCUUUGCCCUGGCUCUCCCGAAGUUGCUGCCGUCGCCUCCUCCUGCCACCCUGGCCCCCGGCACUCCAGGGCUCCUGGAGGUGCUGCUCCCAGGGUCCCAAGGCAAGCACAGAAAAGACUAGCUCCACAGGCGCUGGGCAGAUGUCACCUUCCAGGGACCCCUGGCCCCGCCCCACAGCUGAGCUGGCCCAAGCUGAGGAGCUGCUGGAGCAGCAGUUGGAGCUGUACCAGGCCCUGCUCGAAGGGCAAGAGGGGGCCUGGGAAGCCCAGGCCCUGGUGCUCAAGAUCCAGAAGCUGAAGGAACAGAUGAGGAGACACAGAGAGAGCCUGGGAGAAGACACCUAA